AUGACGACCCUUGAACUGCCCUUCGACGACGAGCAGUCGGAUGAAGAUGCUCCCCUCCUCCUAGGCCCACAGCCAACAGUCUCGCGAUUCCGUGCCUCAAUUUUCCACCAAAUCAACUCCCCGCGCAUUAUAACCUUUAUCCUCUUCAUUAUCAUAUUCAUGCUCGCAUCUGGUGGAUCUCUUAUGGCCAUACCUGCAUUGCGAUUCUACGAAGAUGUCAUCUGCCAUCAUUACUAUGCCGAUCUACAAGGAGAGGGGCAUAUUUGGUUGGGGGGUGAUAUAGACGAGGACAUGUGCAAAGGGGAGGAGGUUCAGAAUCAGCUAAACAUUCUAGUAGCAGGAAUCCAGUUCUUGAAUGCUGGAAUAGGCUUGUUCGUAACAGUGCCGUACGGGCUCCUAGCUGAUAGAAUCGGCCGGAAACUUGUUCUUAUUCUUUCUAUAUGCGGUAUGUUUAUCGGGGGAUGUUGGAAUCUCUCGAUACUGUAUUUCUGGAGAGUCCUUCCAAUACGUCUGCUUUGGCUUUCUCCUCUUUCCAGUUUACUAGGUGGUGGUGAUGCUGUUUGCAGUAUGGUGUUCUACGCCAUUGGAUGUGAUAUCACAACUGAGGCUAACAGAGCCAAUUUAUUUCUGUUAGGCCGGUGUGCAGGACUCCUGGCAGAGCUUAUUGCUCCUCCAGUUGCAUCUGCUCUCAUGCCACGCUCACUGUGGAUUCCACUAUUGCUUGGAAUGACCUUAAUGGGAUUGGCAGUAUUACCUGCAACCCUUAUUCCUGAAACUCUGCACCUACGUGUCUCAAGAAUGGCCGAAACGUCUCUUGGCCUGUCAUCUGAGCCAAGACUACCUCUGGACAAAGCGACAGCAUUUUUCACUGCCAUUAAAACACGAGCAGUCGAAGGGCUAAAGACUGUCCACGCUUCUGCCUCUGUCCUUCAUUCUCUCCCUGUUCUAUUACUUCUAAUCACGUUUAUUGUCAACCCUUUUGCACGUCAAUCGAUCGAACUGGCUCUCCUCUAUAUAUCCAAGCGCUUUUCUUGGGAACUUUCCCAGGUCGGAUUUCUUUUGUCCCUCCGCGCCUUUGUCAAUUUUAUCCUUCUUUUAAUAAUUGUUCCCGCUGUUUCCCAUUAUAUGACAGAAGGUCUCUACCUGUCUCCAACAGCAAAGGAUUUAUUCCUCGCCCGGGCCUCCGCCAUAUUACUGGUCGUUGGCGCUCUGCUGAUUGCUGCAAGUUCCACUGUCGUAUUUACAAUUGUUGGUCUGGUUGUCUGGAGUCUAGGUACUGGAUUCGACGCAUUAUCGCGAUCUCUCAUCACAACUCUGGUAGACCGGGAGCAUAUAGCACAACUUUAUGCCGCCAUUUCCAUAGUUGAAACCGCAGGAGCACUUGCUGCAGGUCCCACUCUCGCCGGGUUGUACUCGUUAGGCCUGAAAUGGAAAGGUACAUGGACUGGACUGCCAUUCUUUGGUCUCGCGACCAUAUCCUUUGCGGGGGGGCUAGGAGUUUGGUGUUUCGGGUUCCUCAUGAAGAAGCAAGCAAGGCAAGACAUGCCUUAUGGGGAUGAAGACGGGGAGGCCACCUUAGGGGAAACUCUGUUCUCAGAGGGGAUACAAGGGAACCGGGCAUUAUAA